UACAAUAAAUAUGUGCCUAAAGCCUACUGUCCAAACAAGAAGGCUUUCAGAAAGCAGAAACGAGACGAAACCGAGUGGAAGAACAAGAGAAGAAAUUGGAAGGAUGGAUUUAUCCCGCCAACAAAUCUCAGCCGAUCCUCCCCAAUUUCUCCCACUAAACGAAGACGAUUCUCAGGACAUGAUUCUAUUGCAGGUACUCACGGAGGCCUCCAGUAUGUCUGCUUCUUCUCCAAUGUCUCCACCGACAUCCAAAAAGAGGGCAGAGGUGAUUGGAGAAUUGACUAAAAGGCAUUAUCGAGGCGUGCGGCGGCGGCCAUGGGGCAAAUUUGCAGCGGAGAUUCGGGAUUCGUCGCGCCAUGGUGCGCGGGUGUGGCUCGGCACUUUCAAUACGGCGGAGGAGGCCGCGGUGGCUUACGAUCGUGCGGCUUUUCAAAUGCGCGGAGCGAAAGCGUUGCUUAAUUUUCCUCCCGAGUUCGUGAUUGGUGGCGGAGAGUUGGAGAAGGAGGGGGCAGGGUUUGUGGAGAGAGUAGGGAAGAGGAAAGAGGCGGAGUUUCGGGAUUUGGGGGCCGAUUACUUUGGGAAGUUGAUGAGGGUUUAUGAGGGUUGAGGAUGAAGAAUUAGGGUUUUAGAGCUAUCUUCGAGUCCACUGAUAUGCGGGUACGUGGUUUUAAGGAAACGCGCUUGCUUUCUCAGGUAAUACAUGAGAAUAUUCUUCUUAUGUUAUUUCGUGCUAUUCGGGUGUUAUUAUAAUAGUAUUGAUGUGUUAUUGUGUUA